AAGCCGGUCGUCAUAAAACAUCAUCCACGAAACGAUAAAUGUAUUCGCUUAUAGGGUAGCUGCUGCCGCUACUACGAACUAAAGGGCGAUGUUCCGGCUAACGCGUGAAAUUAAGAGUUUAAACAAUAUUUGUUGUUUGUGUUCCAAGUUCCUGCUUAAAGUUGUUCAAGUGUAACCCCGUAGAUCGAAAGUAUAAGCGGUGAUCCGAUAAGUAUGAACGGUUCUGCGUCGGGCGGAAGAAGUGCUUCCGUCGUUUACAACAGAUUGAAAUUGAACGUUAGCUUCGAGUUAUUCUGCGAUGGAGAUGUCGAUUAUUUAAACGAAUUCAAUCUAAGAUUGUGUUUGGAUAGCAGUGGUGCGUUUAAUGAAAAGCUUCGACCGAUGAUCCCUAACGGCAACGGAAGUUUUGCGACCACAAUUGAUUACCCAACGGAUUCAUCAAUCUUCCUGGAUUGGGGUUAUAUGAUUGGCGAUUUUCUCACAUUCUAUUACACGCCGGCACUUGUCGUAGUGGGAAGCGUCGGCAACAUCCUGUCGGUGCUAGUCUUCUUCAACACCCGGCUCAGGAAGCUGUCAUCUUCGUACUAUCUGGCGGCGCUCGGGAUCAGUGACACGUGCUUUUUGCUAGGACUCUUCGUGACCUGGUUGAGCUUUUUCCAGAUACAUAUCUACACGCAGGAAGUGUACUGCCAGAUAUUUACAUUUUCCAGUGGACUUUCCAGCUUUCUAUCGGUUUGGUAUGUGGUUGCGUUCACAUUCGAGCGCUUCAUAGUGGUGUUGUACCCGUUGAAACGACAAAGUUGGUGCACGGUACGCCGCGCAAAGUUGGUCAUCGUUAGCCUCACGCUGCUUGGCGGCUUGCACAGUGCUCCGUAUAUCCUCUUUGCGGGACCGCAAUUUUCCGAACGAAAUAACUCCACCAUCUGUGAUGUGCGGGAAGAGUACAAGCCUCAAAUGAUUAUUUUCAAUUACAUCGACACCGUAAUCGUAUUCUUGGUACCCUUCACUAUCAUUCUGGUGUUGAACUCCAUCACGAGCUUCACGGUGUGGCGAGUGGCUGGUCUCCGAAGAAAUAUGACGUUGAUACGAAGGAAAUCAUCGAGCUUCGAAAUCCGAAGGCAGUUGAGCUUGCAGAGAACCUGUUCCCAUCCGAAGGGGCGCAACAGUGUACUACAACGGCCAGGCUUGAGUCGUAUUGUCAAUUCACAGAUGAAGGUUACCAAGAUGCUGCUAAUUGUGUCUUCGGUUUUCGUUUGUCUAAAUUUGCCGAGCUACUUGAUGAGGGUGCGGGCGUUUAUUGAGACAGAGCCGUCCCAUUGGACAAUCCUGAUUCAGUACUACUGUUACUUAUUUUUCAUCACGAACUUCGGAAUAAAUUUUAUUCUGUACUGCAUUAGUGGCCAAAACUUCAGGAAAGCUGUGCUUGAAAUGUUUGUCAAAAUGCGACGCAGCAAAAUGAAUCCCGAUCUGUUCAGUGGUGGAACGCAAACUGAGAUAUUCCGAAGUUCCGGAUCGCUGCUACCACUGAAGCGCUCCAACACGGCUCAGCAUCGAACGGCUCGCGGUUCCUGGAGGGAAUUCUCGGAGUAUCCAUCCUUGUUCGGUCAACCAUGACGGAGGGGCCUACAGGUAUCGGCAUCACUGCGACAGCAGCAGCAACGACAGCGGCAGCAACUGGACCAAACCGGGGCAUGAAAUCCCUUUCAAAAUAUAAGAAAAACGUUUGUAAAUCGAUGUCAAACAAGUGUUCCGCUUCGGUAAGCCCAUUCUUACGGCCAGAGCUAACAAACCAAAUCAGUUGGGAUUUUCAUGUCUGGUGAUAAUGGACUGAAAAGUUGUACUCUCUUUUUCUUGCCAAGAAGAUUUGCAUUUCGGCCUGUGAAUAAAUAAAGAUUUUUUAAUAUACAUAUUCUAGUGUUGAUAGCUCUAUUUUCAAUCAGUGAUGAAUACAUGAAAGAUGAUUUA